ACGCAGACCUGCCGAAUCGCAAGGCUCUCCAAGUACUAAUGCACAAAAUACUACUUAUAGUUCACCUCGCAGCACGAGAAGUAAAAGCAAUUCGCGAAAAAAUGGGAUCAAUGAUAAUGAUAACGGAGAAAUGCCUUACAUUAGUUCACCCAAAUAUACGGCUUAUUUAAGAGAAC